AUGACACUACUGCUCAAUAUUAGCAAUACCGCCCGCACAUUGUCUCAUACGGCGAAUCGUGUCCGGGAAAAAGGGAGAGAGACUUCUGCAUGGUUUUUAAUUUGUAGUUGCGGACCGACAAAGCGAUGUACACCCUUUUCAAAGUUGUGGUUGAGAAGUAGUCGCCAAGAUUUCUGCCGUUGGGAAAAAUACUCUUCAUGCUCCCCCGCAACUCCCCCGUUGUCUUCACCACGGUAUCACGAAUUUGAACUUAUUUGA